GCUAGUGACCGCCACUUGGUUAGGAUGAUUGAUCUAUACCUUCUUCAAAAGAUGCUAGUUGGCCUCGGAGACAUAGAAGGGAUACCACUACCACGACUCCUCCUAAAAAAUAUGAAAAAUGUGGUGAUCUCCAAACAAGGUUCAAAAAACUUUUGUCACCCGCUUUUACUCACCAAGAUUUUCAGGCACUUUCAGGUUGACUUUGACGGAGAGGAAGUUGCUUAUACCAAUGAAUCUAAUGUCUUGGACAAAGAAACAAUGAUUGCCCUCAAGCAUAAACUGUCCAACUCUGGAAAAUGGUAUUUUGCCGACGGCAUAGGUUUGCACAGAGAUGAUGAUGAAGUAAACGAGGAGGCCAUGGAAGAUGCUCAUGAUGAUGAAGCCGCACCCGAACCACCACAGCC